AUGUCGGACACGCAAGGGAGAUUUCUAUUUUUGAAAGGUACUAUCGCCGACAAACUAUACACCCUGGUGUCAGUCUAUGUGCCAAACACGAACCAAGCGCGAUUCCUCCGGGGAACUCUAAACAAGCUCCGGGGCUUCUCGGAAGGGGCGCUUAUAGUGGGAGGUGACUUUAACGCCCCACUGGAUUCUCGACUAGAUGCAUCAAACGGGCGCAGUUGUUUACCACUCUCAAGCAUACAAUCCAUACGUAAAUCGAUGAAUGAUUUGGGCCUUGUUGAUUGCUGGAGAGCACUACACCCGGAAACCAGAGACUAUACCCACUUCUCAGCGCCCCAUGAUCGUUACUCGCGCAUCGACUAUGUACUGAUCCAACAGGAGGGCCUCUCCCGCCUCCGCACAGCUGUCAUAGGGCCCGCUACAUGGUCAGAUCAUGGCACGGUACUGGUAGAACUAGAAUCACCACUGUUUAAACCGUCACGCUGGACGUGGCGGAUGAACGAAUCACUCCUCCGUGACCCUGGGGUGGUGGAGGAGAUCACGCAGGCACUGGAGAACUAUUUCUCGGAGAACGACAAUGGAGAGACAUCACCAAUCACGAUCUGGGAAGCACACAAGAGCGUCCUCCGGGGGAUACUAAUCAGGAUAGCCUCCCGCAAACAUAAAGCGACCAUGCAGGAAAUGUCAGAACUCUACGGGACCAUCUCGAAUCUGGAACUCCUACACAAAAGGACGCAACAGACGACCACCCACGAGAAGUUGAUAGAUGCCAGACGCAAGCUGCGGGACCUCAUCACGCGCAGACAUCACCGCUCCCUACAGUAUUCCAAAAGCUUCUUCUAUACUCACGCAAACAAAGGGGGUAGAUACCUAGCUCGCCUCCUGAAAGGGGAUACCCCGCAAACUAGAGUACACAAAUUACGCCUAGCUGGAGGGAAGACCUCACAGUUCCCGGAAGACAUUGCGAGUGAAUUCCAACGAUACUAUCAACGGCUCUAUAACCUCGCCACACAGACGGAACAGGAAUCAGGGAUAUCCAAAGCCGAACUUACACGGACUUUCCUGCAGGACAACGUACGCAGACGGAUUAGCCCCGACACGACGACCAUACUGGAUGAACCAAUCGGCAUUGACGAAGUUACGGCGGCCUUAAAGAAAACCAAGAGAGGGAAGGCACCAGGCCCAGAUGGAUUCCCGGCGGGAUACUACAAGGACUUCUCCGCAAAACUUGUACCAUGGCUGACUAAAGCUGUAAAUGCCCUUACGGAGGGGAAACGCUUCG